AUGACGAUUAAUUUAGUGCCUACAGCGACAUACUUUGCUCCAGAUAUAUCUGAAUCCGUUAACUUCAGUCCUGGGGAUGGACCGCAUUCGACUGAUGGAAAGACGACACAAUUAUCGGAAUUCGUUAUUAAUGCUGGAGGAGAGGACAGAGACAAGCCAAGCGAGGCCAGCAACUCAGCGUUGGGUCAACUAAGAGCUAAAUUGACGAGCGUACAGGAUAAGGUCAAUUUUUUUCUCACGCAGAGAAUGCAAAGUGAAAAACGGAAUUCAACUGGACCGCAGCAGUCAGACAGAGAUCUAGAGGCUAACCUCUUGGAUGAUGGGGGAGAACAGGAAGAAGAAUGA